AUGCUGCAACUGGGCAUAAUUCGGCCGUCCGAGAGUCCAUGGGCGUCCCCUCUGCAUUUGGUGUCCAAGGCGACAUCAGACGACUGGCGGUCCUGUGGUGACUUUCGCGCCCUCAACAAUGCGACCAUCCCGGAUCGUUAUCCCGUCCCUCAUCUUCAAGAUUUUGCUGGAGCUCUUUUCGGCAAAUCGGUUUUCUCGAAGAUUGACCUUGUUCGGGCCUUCCAUCAGAUUCCUGUCGCUCCUGAGGAUGUUCCCAAAACUGCCGUCACCACACCAUUCGGCCUGUUCGAAUUUAUUCGCAUGCCAUUUGGUCUUCGCAAUGUUGCCCAAACAUUUCAGAGGUUCAUUGACCGAGUCCUACGUGGUCUCCCGUUUGCGUACGCCUACAUCCAUGACCUCUUGGUGGCCAGUCGAAAUGCCGAGGAACACAAAGAGCAUCUUGCUUUAGUGUUUGACCGCCUCGAUCAGUUUGGCAUGGUCAUCAACCCUUCGAAGUGUGUUCUGGGUGUGUCGUCCCUUGAUUUUCUUGGUCACCAUGUCGAUGCACAAGGUUUGCGUCUCCUCUUUUCCAAGGUUGAGGCCAUUCGUGACUUUCCUCCACCAACCUCCAAGCGUCAGUUGCAACGUUUCCUUGGCAUAGUAAACUUUUAUCGCCGGUUCCUACCGAACUGUGCCGGCCUUAUGCUGCCACUCACCAACUUGCUCUCUGGUCCCAAGGGUCCCCUUGAGUUACGUGGCCACGCGCUGACUGCUUUUGAGAGAAUAAAGACCUCCCUUGCUGAUGCUACCUUGCUCGCUCAUCCUGCUCCAGAAGCCCCAUUAUCCUUGAUGGUUGAUGCUACGACCGUUGCCGUAGGUGCAGUCUUCCAACAGCAUAUCAACGACUCGACCCGACCGUUGGCAUUCUUCUCCAAGAAGCUUUCACCUGCCGAGACGAGAUAUAGCACGUUUGGCCGUGAACAUCUGGCCAUUUACCUAGCCGUAAAACAUUUCCGACACUUCCUUGAGGGUCGUGACUUCACAAUUUUCACAGACCACAAACAACUUACAUUUGCCAUCUGA